AUGAAUAUCGCUCAAAAUAUUGCUAAAACGCCUUCAGUGGCUGCUAACGCUACAAAUGCCAUGAAAGCUGCUUAUUCCACUAGUCCAACUUCAAAAGUCUAUAGAGAUGCUAUGACUGGUGAAGUUACUUCUCUGCCUGAUAUCGACAUCAGUAAACUUCAAAUUGAAAAAGCCAGCCAGCCAAAGACACCUCCACCUUCAGAUACUCUAAGAUUUGGACACACGUUUAGUGAUCAUAUGCUCGUUAUUCCCUGGAAUUCUGGCAGUGGUUGGGGUGCUCCUACUAUUAAGCCAUACGGUCCACUCACUCUAGACCCUUCUUCUGUCUGCUUCCAUUACGCACCUCAGCUCUUUGAAGGGAUGAAAGCUUACAGAGACAAGUCAUCCAACGUCAGAUUAUUCCGCCCUGAUAUGAACAUGGCCAGGAUGAACAGAACUGCUGAUAGAGCUGCUCUGCCUACGUUUGACAGUGACUCUAUGACUCAGCUCAUACGUAAGUUAGUCCUCUUAGACCAGCACUGGAUUCCACAGGAACCUGGCUACUCCUUGUACAUCCGCCCAACUCUCAUUGGCACACAAGCUAGUUUAGGUGUAGGUGCCUCAUCUGACGCACUCCUCUACGUCAUUUGCUCACCCGUCGGUCCCUACUACAAGAACGGGUUUAAGCCGGUGAAAUUACUCGCGACCUCCAAGAACGUCAGGGCCUGGCCUGGUGGUACAGGAGCCUACAAACUCGGAGCCAACUAUGUCCAAGGUGUCAAACCGCAGCAUGAAGCUGCUGAAAAGGGUUAUGACCAGAAUCUUUGGCUCUUCGGUGAACAAGAGGAACUCACUGAGGUGGGCACAAUGAACCUCUUCGUCGUCGUGCGCGGAGAGCAGGGCGAGACUGAAAUUAUCACUCCUCCACUCAACGAUAUGAUCCUGCCAGGUGUGGUGCGUGAUUCCAUCCUCAACCUCACCCGCAACCCUCCUCAGUGGCUCAAACCUCAGCUCCCACCUUCGCUCAAGGUCUCGGAACGAAGAAUUACUAUGCCUGAAUUGGCUGCCCUCGCUGAACAAGGUAGAGUCAUCGAAUCUUUCGGUAGUGGCACAGCUUGUAUACUCGCCUCCAUCUCUUGCGUUAAUUGGAGAGAUAAAGAUAUCACUAUUCCCGUCGAACAUGACGGCAGCGGCGCUCUUGCUACUACUCUCAGAAACGCUAUUGAGGAUAUUCAAUUAGGCAGACAAGAACAUGAGUGGUCUGUUGUUUGUUGA